AUGCUGUUCAGUGGUUUGAGCCGAAUGUCCAAGGACACGCUCACGAAAGCGUACGGGGCUCAUGGCAACGGCUUCACCAGGAGCGUACAUAAAUACUUAGCCGCUGGUUCAGACCUACACGCCGCAACGCGUACGGCAAUCGAGAAGCUCACCGUAGGUAUCCGUUGCAGCUUCGUUGGCCAGGAACAAGUUGGCCUGUACGAGAUGCUGCGACACCAGCUCUGCCAGGCGCUCACGGGUGCAAUCUAUGGUGCUGAAAACCCCUACGACGAUCCUGUCAUUGAGGCAAGCUGGCUAGAAUUCGUACCUGGCAUUAGCCAUCUGUUGUACAGCCCCGUUCCAUGGCUCACGGCGCGCAAAGCUCUCAAAGCACGCGCCCGCGUCAUCAAGGCGUUCCAGAACUACUUCGAAACGGGUGGCCAUACGCAGGCCUUCGCCAUGAUCCCCGAGAUGUUCAACACCAACGCGAACCACGGCCUGCCGUCUUCGGAAGCAGCUAAGUUGGAGAUGGCCACAUCACUUGCUAUGCUUAGCAGCGGAGCCAUCAGUGCCUUCUGGCUCAUGUUCCACAUUGCUUCCGACCCCGAUGCGCUUCGAGACUGUCGUGAGGAGCUUCUCAACCUUGUCGUCAAGGAAGCCGAUACGCCAUCUGGAAAAGCUAAAGUAGUAGACCUUAGCAACAUAAGGACACAAUGUCCUACAAUGAUGGCAAUGUGGCACGAGACGCUCCGGUACCAUAGCACCGUCAUCAACAUCAAGAAAGUACAGCACGACACCACCCUGGCAUCAGAAUACUUCCUUAAGAAGGGAGCAAUCCUGAUGAUAUCCGGUACUACAGUACACCACGACACUAACACAUGGGGUCCGGGCGCUUCAGAGUUCGAUCACAAGCGCUUCUUUACGCCUGCGGGUCGGAGGAACCUGUCCAAUACUACCGCAUACCGACCUUUCGGUGCUGGAACAACCAUGUGCCCUGGACGACACUUCUCCACGGGCGUGGUAUUGUCUUUGGUGGCAAUGACAUUGUUGCAGUUCGACGUCCAUCCUGUCGACGGUCAGUGGCAGAUGCCUACCAAGAAGAACGUAGAUAUGUGGAACGCGAUGCCGAAGCCGGACCAAGAUAUUCCGGUGAAGAUAUGUCGGAGAGCGGAGACAGAAUUCGCUUAUACUGAGUGGAAGUUCGUCUGGGGUGAUACUUCUGAGAAGGAGUAGUGCGUUGGGACUUGCGCUCUUCUCUUCUUUUUCGUUCGGCUGGCUGCAUGGCCAUGAGUUAGAUACCUGAACAUUUGUUGAUACACGGUUGUCGUUCUGAGCAAGAUCCUCGGAUAGAUCUCAUAGCGUUCUUGGUUUUGGGG